UACUUGGGAAAAAAAUUAUUCCCGUAUUACGAAUAUGACUCAAAUGAACAAAAUAUGCAAACCUUGCAUAAUUUUAGAAGAGCUGGAGGUUUUCAAGAUUCUGAUGGAUUUCGCAUCAGAGACGAGGUUAUGUUCGUGCGAGAAGGAAUUAGGAAGGAAAAUAGAGCAUAAAUUAAAAAUAAUUUAUUCUAUAUAUGUAACUACUUAUUUCAAGUCUUGUUUUAUUAUAGCCAGAUUAUUUCUCGAAUAAAUAAGUCUAUAACAAAGAUUAGAAACUCAAAAUAAAAAUAUAUAGGUAUGACGUAGGAAGCGAAAAAAAUAUUUGCUGUUUAAAUAACUCUUGUGAAAUAAUCGCUGGUAAACAAGCUCUAAUGAGACUUCUGUCGCAUAUAAAAAAUGCUGAUAGUUUGCAGACAAUUCGGAGCGUUCCCGCCAGUUUUCUGGAGGACCGCAGCCAGUUUUUACCGAAUUUUAGUUUAAAUGAGAGGAAAGGUAGUUAUUCCGGUUGGUAUGUGGUAGAAAAAUUAGCUAACAACUAUAACUAGGCUAUUAAAAUGUACAAGUCAUUUCGCAGAUUUUUGAUUUAACCAUUAAAAUAGCAUAAAUUUAUUUACAACGUGAUAAUAACCUUCUUUUUGUAAUUCUUUAGAGGCCUUUUUUCAACAAUUUUCUUUAAUAAUAAAAUUUUUGUUAUUUUUGUUUUCAUAAUCGUAAAUUACGGGAUAUUUUUGUAUUUCUUUGAUUAAAAUUUCAUCGUCAUUUGAGGUAAAUGACGCCAGUGCAGCUUCUGGAGAGCCAGUUGGUAGCCACCGCAGCCAGCCGUGGCACCGAAAUCGCACCUUUACCCCCAAAACUAAAUAUUUUCUUGACACUUGUGUCACACACUUGAUCUAUGUCCUUAUGACAUUUCGAUGGACCAAAUGUCAAAACGUGUCACGCGUUGAUCGAACGGUUAUAUAAAUAAUUUACGUAGUUUCUACAACAUAGUAAAUGAGUAUUCAGCUGAAGAUGCGUAAGAAAUCGCUUGGGGUGUGGCUGAUGAGAAUAAACGACAAGAAAAAAAUCCGAACGGGACAGAAAAAAACAAAAUUUCAUCGCAAAGAAUGCAACUGCCAGCACGGCCCCAACAAAAAGUUGGAGUUUCCGACCAUUUGGGAACAGUUGAGAAUCAACCAACAACUUUGCGACGGGACAGUGCGUUGCGAUGACGGCGUAGAAUUCAAAAUUCACCGCAUCAUCCUUUGUACAGUGAGUCCAUAUUUUAAGGCCCUUUUUACGAACUCGAUCAAUAGGGGCCAGCCAGAAAUACAGGAAGCGAACGUCAGUAUUUCCAGCGACGCAUUCAAAGUGGUUCUAGAUUACGCGUAUACGGGAAAUUGCGUGAUUAAUAACGCAAACGUUUUCGAAGUUUUACAACACGCCGAUAAAUACGAAAUUCUGGACGUCGUGCAAGAGUGCUGCCGCUUCCUCAUUAAUGAGUUGGCUCCGGGCAACUGUUUGCAGAUCAUCAAAUUUGCAAGUCAGUAUUUUUGUCGAUACCUCGUCGACGCUGGCAACAUGUUCGUUUUGCGCCAUUUUAACGAAGUGCUGAGAGAGAACGACGAAUACCGCAACAUGUCUGGCGCGCAAUUGAGGUCAUUUUUGGCGGACGAUUACUUGAAUGUGAAAUCCGAAGAUUCCGUGUUUGACGCGAUUCAAACGUGGUUCGCCCAUUGCCCAGAAGAACGCAAAAGUUGCCUCUACGAUUUGUUAAAAUGUAUCAGAAUGGGCAACCUAUGUUACGAAAGUAUCGUGGAGAUGGCGAGGUGGACGCCGAUCGAGGAAGACACCCGUUGCACCAUCUACAUGACCGACGUGUUGACGAUCCUGGACGAACAGUUCGAUAACGUCAACUUCGUGAAUUACAUGAACCGUCCGAGGGUACCGUACGAUGUGGUGUUCGCCGUGGGCGGCUGGAGUGCGGGCAGUCCUACCAAUUUUGUGGAAAUCUACGACAACAGAGCCGAAAGAUGGCUCGUUUCCAAAGAUACCGACGUGGUCGCGAGAGCGUACCACGGCAUGUGCACUUACAACAACAAAAUCUACUUGGUCGGUGGUUUUGACGGCAAUGAGUACUUCAACACCGUGAGAUGUUUCGACCCGGUGAGGCACGCGUGGACCGACUGCGCCUGCAUGUACUACUCCAGGUGCUACGUAAGCGUUGCCUACUUGCGCAGCCAUAUCUAUGCGUUAGGGGGUUAUAACGGAAGGAUAAGGAUGAAUUCCGCUGAGAAAUACGACCCCAUCAAAAACCAAUGGGAACUAAUACCGUCGAUGAUUUAUCCACGGUCCGAUGCAAGCGCGGCAGUUUUAAACGAUAAAAUUUACAUCGUGGGUGGGUUUAACGGGCAGGAAGUCAUGAACUCGGCAGAGAUGUUCGAUCCGGAUACCAACCAGUGGACGAUCAUUUCCUUCAUGAUAACCGCUAGAUCUGGGGUGAACCUAGUGUCGUUUAAAGACAGCCUGUAUGCUAUCGGUGGCUUUAACGGCUACACGAGAUUGACUAGUUCGGAGAAGUUUACGCCAGACGUAUCCUCCGAUUGGACCGAAAUCAGCGAGAUGGAGGUCCCGCGAAGUAACUUCGGAACUGUUAUUUUGGACGGAUAUAUCUACGUUAUAGGUGGUUUUAACGGCUCCACGACCAUCAAUUCCGUCGAGUAUUACGACACCGUUGCCGACGAAUGGGACAACGCCGUGUCGAUGAACUUGAACCGAUCGGCGCUGAGCGCUUGUGUGCUGAGCGGAUUACCCAACAGCAAGGAUUACUCGCUGUUGCAUUUUCGCGAGAAGAAUCGCGACGAUAGCGCCAACGCUUAGCGUAUGCAAUCCAUUCUAGCUGUAUAUGCUGCUUAUACAAUUUUAUUAAAAACGUUGCUAUAAUCUGUGCUCGUUUAACUUCGUAGCUUUAACUGCUUAAACAUUAAAAUUAAAAUACCUGCAUUCCAGUUGAACGAUUUCAAUACACGGGAUUCCAAAAUUUAAGCUUUAGGAUCAGUUUUUGUUUUAACAAAUUAGACGCCGCAUAUUUCGGUUGCGGAUUAAAAAAAAUACUUCAACUAACAUUUAAUAGAAAUUGAGACAAGAAACUUAACUACUUGGAUUUGUUUAAUUAAUUAAGGUUUAGGUAAGGAAAUUGCAAAACAAUUGUUGCUAGAAUUAUGUGUAUUAUAUUUUACUUUAUACAAAACUUUUGGAUUCCUCCUGCGUCGGUUUUUGCUGAGUUGAACUUGUUGACGUUUCGCCAAUCAUCUUCUUCAGAGUUUGACUGAAACUGGCUCCUGUAUUAUAAUUUAUUCGUCUCAUUUUUUAGCGUUUCCUUAUUAAUCAAAAACUAAGAAAAAGAUUAAUUCAAAGUAAUGCCAUCCAGAGAAAGCGCAACGUUUUAAUCGUCUAAAUCUGUCCCCAAGUGAAAGCAGCACCACUGCUCCUUGGAAUGGGGGAGAUAAUGUUUCAUUGUCGGAACUAAAAGAACUUCGAACUUCCAUUGUCU